AGCCCUGGCUCGAGUCAGUAAUAAACUUCCCUUUUUUUGCCAGUUGCAUUGUCUUGGAAGCCUUCUCUCUUCCCGCUCGGGGAUUCGGACAUUGGGCAUAACAACAACAACAACAACAAAAGAGAAGGCCAGCUAUUCCAGAUUUCUCCUCAGAAAAGCUGUCGCCCUCUCUGAGGUAGAGUGUUGGCAGUCUGGUGUUUCUUCUCAGAGUGAGGUCUCUCUUUGUGAGGUGGGGGAAUCGGCCAUCGGGCCAAUUUCAUCCCAGAGCUCGGUCCCUCUGUUUGAAAGAGUGAGGUGGCCAUCCUGAAUUUCUCCUCUCAGUGUGCUGUGCAUGUCUGAAGCCAAAGCCUGGCUCUUUCCGGUUCUCCUAUGUGUGAUCGACAAGCCCUCAGGCCUCACUGGGCAAACACUUGCUGCGCAUGCGUCGGCUCCAGGUUUGCCAGCCCGAGCGCCGGCUGCUGUCUCGGCAGCGGAUCCAGGCCUUGCCCGCAGUUUCUCCAGUGCCGGGGCCCGCGAUGUGCCACGGCCAGGAGCACCCAUUGGCUUCUCCCAGCAGCACCCUCUUCCUACACCUGCUGCUCCGGCACCUCAGGAGUUUCCCGUGAAGUGUGAAACUGGCAGUGUCUACAUGGAGCACGGGGAGAGACGGAAGAAAGAGGCAGACCGCUCCAGACUGAUCCACCAGUUUGGCUGGCCUGCAUGUGGGAAGGUGUCUUCCUCCAGGUCCCUGGGUUGGCAGAAGUGUUCCCAGUCUAUGGUUUCAAGGAGCAGAAGCUGGGUUAUGGAGUCACUUCAAGAUCUGCAGUCAGACAGAAGUCAGUGGGCCUGUCUCUCAGGGCACAGAAGACUGUUUUCUGAUGGGUCCCUGGACAAGCAGCGCCCCCACCGUGGCGGCCACUCCAUGGCCCUGGCCAACCUCACCUCCCGCCCAGCGUUCCUCCUCCUCGGCCUGACGGAUGGCACAGACGUCCACCCGCUGUUGUUCCUCCUCUUCCUUGGCGUCUACCUGGUCAAUGCCCUGGGCAACGUGAGCAUGGUGGUGCUGGUGAGGUCCGACGGGGCCCUCCGCUCCCCCAUGUAUUACUUCUUGGGUCACCUGAGCCUCGUGGACAUCGGCUUCACCACCGUCACGGUCCCCAGGCUGCUGGCCGGCCUGCUCCACCCGGGCCAGGCCGUGUCCUUCCAGGGCUGCUUUGCCCAGAUGUACUUCUUCGUGGCUCUGGGCAUCACCGAGAGCUACCUGCUGGCCGCCAUGUCCUACGACCGCACGGCGGCCGUGUGCCGGCCCUUGCACUACGCGGCGGUCAUGACGCCCGCGCGCUGCUCGGCGCUAGUGGCGGCGUCCUGGGCCGUGGCGCACCUGCACUCGCUGCUGCACACGCUGCUCAUCUCCGAGCUCUCCUUCCCGCGCGCCGCCCGCGUGCGUCACUUCUUCUGCGACAUGACGGUGAUGCUGAGCGUGGCCACCUCGGACACGUCGGCGGCGCAGACGGCCAUCUUCUCCGAGGGCCUGGCCGUGGUGCUGACGCCGCUGCUCCUGGUGGUCCUGUCCUACGCGCGCAUCCUCGUCGCGGUGCUGGGGGUGCGGUCGGCUGGGGGCCGGCGCCGCGCCAUCUCCACCUGCGGGGCCCACCUGGUGGCGGUGUCGCUUUUCUUCGGCUCCAUCCUCUCCGUCUACUUCCGGCCCUCGUCUGCCUACUCGGCCCGCUACGACCGCCUGGCCAGUGUGGUCUAUGCGGUGGUUACCCCGACUCUGAACCCUUUCAUCUACAGCCUGCGCAACAAAGAAGUCAAGGGCUCCCUAAAAAGGGGGCUCCGAUGGAGGGCUGCACCCCCAAGAGGUGUGAGGGCAGGUCUGGACUCACUGGCAUCUCAAGAAUAAUGAUUACAGAAGAACGCCAGUCUCCCCUCCCUCUCCUUUUUAUAGCUUUCCAAAACACCAGCAACUUUUAAUCCUGCAGUGUCUUAUUUCUUGUUAAAUUAAAAAUUAGACCUGAAGCCAA